AGCUCGCCGGCCGGUUCAGUCGGGGACCGUUGCCUUCGCCCGCGUGGAUGUCAGUGGAGCGAGCGUGAAAAAAAGCGUGCUGGGCGUUUCGUCGUGGUCCGCGUUCGCUCGCAAUCGUUUCCGCGAGGCCUUUUAACGAGUUGUGCUCUUCUCUGUGGAUUGUUGCGAAGCCACACCUUGGGUGUUUGACGACUACUCCAACAGCACCGAAGCCGAAGCGGGUGGCAUUGUAGCUCCCCGGCACCAUGUCGGCCUCGCGCCUCGAGCAGAUGAAAAGCCAGUUCCAGCAAAACCUGCAGCAGCGCAGUGGUCUUCCGCGGCCAACGCGGAUCCCUGGACCAACUACUGCCACCAAGGCUGCACCCACUGUGAAGCAAGCCACACUUUCCUCGUCGCAUGUGAAUGGCCACAGCUCGACAGCUGGAGAGGCGGUUUCGCGGGCCAACGUCAACGGCAAGCUUCAGAAUGGGAGUGUUCACAAGGACGUCUCGACCAUCAGGAAUGGUCAGCACAAUGGCACACCUCGGCCAGUGACAAAUGGUACACCUCGGCCAGUGACAAAUGGGACAACCAGGCUACAGACCAAUGGGGCGUCGGCAGGCAAGACAGUUGCGGCAAAUGGCACUCGGCCCCAAGCGAAUUCUACACAGCAUACGUUACCUCCUGUUGCCAAAGGCGGCGUCCUCAUGACCAUGACGACGACCCAACUGAGACAGCUCUCUAAUGGACAUCAGAAUGGCUGUGGGUCCCAAAAGCCCGCUGCGAAACCUGUUUCCACGCCACGUUCGACGUCGGCAAGCUCCGUAGCACGGACUCAGACUGUGCCGUCAAGUAGAACUCUGAGCGCCAAGCCACCUGCUGCCAAAGUAGUUUCAGUUGAACAGCCAAAGAAGCCCACCACCACACCAGUGUCGAGGCAGGCUCGAUCUCAGAACGGUAUUGCACCCAUAGCCACACAGCAGAGGACGUCGGCAGCAGUCUCGAAAGCAGUGCCUCCCGAGUGUCGACCCCUGGGCCCAAACCAGGAGCGGUGCGAAAUCUGUGGCCGAGGCUUCAACAAGGACCGCAUUGAAAAGCACAGGACUAUUUGCCAGAAGGCAGCGUCCAAGAAGGUGAAGGUCUUUGACAUGACCAAGAUGAGGACAAAGGGAACAGAGGCAGAAGCAUUUGUGAAGAAGGGUUUCCACAAGAAAGAAGUACCGGUGAAAAAGGCCAACUGGCGUGCCAAGCAUGAGGAAUUCCUCAACGCAGUCCGGCAGGCAAGGAUGGUGAAGGAACACCUAGCCGCCGGUGGCAAGCUGUCGGACCUGCCCCCGCCGCCUCCAUCGGAGAACCCCGACUAUGUGCAGUGCCCCAAGUGCCUCCGCAAGUUCAACGAGACUGCUGCUGAAAGGCACAUUCCCCGCUGCAACCUCACCCCCAAGACGUCUUCCAACACAACUUCCAGAAGGCCAGCUGCCCUUUAUGGUCGCAAGUGAUGGGAUUGUUUUUGUGGUCGGCCGGUCACCGGGAGUGGCUACGGACCGUCCUGAAUGAUGUUGACAAGUCUCGAAUCCCAGCGAUUAGACGUUCAGUGACCUUCUGCAACAGAGCAGUUGGUUCCCGCCAAUGUUUUUAUUCCUGUUUGUGUUUUGAGACGGCAUGACGGAGGGCAUCGGUUGAAGUCUUCCAUAACGUUUCUACAGCCGUGCAAUUCAAGAACUGCGAUGUUGCCUCUUGCUGAAAAGGUUCCCAGUGACUUUUGUUUUUUCUUAACUGCAGCUUUUGCUUUCUCCAUCAUAGCGUUUAAUAUAGCUUUAUUGUCCUUUGCUGCAGCUGUUAUGGUCAUUUUCAGCGAGAAUCUGAUGUAAAUAAAUGCUUCUUGUCUCGUA